GAUUGGAUUAAGGUAUGUUGUGAUUGUGUGUGUGUCUCGUGGAGUGCAUGCGUUGUAUUGUAUGACAAACAAAAUCAUACGUAUCAAAGUUGUACAUGUAAGAUGCUUGUUGUACCGUUUACCGUCCCUUCCACUGACCCACCCACUGACCCUUCCAUUAUCUGCUAUUGCUAGUACCGAGUACCUGUGUGUGUACUAGCCAGUGUGUGUACUACCAGUGUUCAUAUCACUCUCUCCUCACAUGUACCCUCUGUGGACUGGUACUCAACAACAGACUGUGAGUUUAUUGCAUGUACAUAUAAUGGCGCACUAGGCUGACUUGUAUACAUGUACUACUGCAUGAAGGCAGAAAGAAUAACUUGCGUGACUUUAUUUAGGAUUAGUACGUACUGAAAGUUUCAUGCUGUACAGACGUUAGACUGGCGGCGAUAGAGCGACUGGCAAACUGCCUAUCAGUCACUUGUCUCAGCGGAAGUGUAAUAGAUCGUAUGACACUACUAAACAUGAAUAUCGUUAUAGAUAAUGUGGUUAAAUUUUGCUAUGAGAUUCAGCUACUAAUACUGAAUCCCCUAAAGUGUAAGUGCGGUUACAAUUACAGGGCUAAUAUGACGUUGAGCAAUCUGAUAGGCUGCAAUGCUCGUUGCAGCUGAGACGAGUGACUGAUAGGCAGUUUGCCAGUCCCUCGCGCUACGCAUGCGAGGGGCUGUCGCCGCCAGUCUAUACAGACGUGUACUUGCAAUAAUUGAUGUAUACAUGUGUGAAUGCAUUCGUGUAUUUGAACAUGUUCAUUUCUCUACAUGUCCGUGUCCUACUGCUUGUUAAUGUGACUACUGCUAAUGAUUACUGGAACAACAGUUUGUAAGUUACAGUAUAUACAGACAUGUAUGAAUGCACUCACUGCUCCUACCAUCAUCCCCCUCUCUCUGUUUCCAUGUGUGUCUGGCGCUGGUGUCUCAUUGGACUAAACAGAAGGUGAGCGGGACACUGCACUGACUUGUGACUGUACUUGUGUCAGUAAUGUUUGAGUUGCAUGAGUACAUGUGUAUUGGCAUUCAUAGUGUACAGGUUUGUGAUUAUAUUCUUUUCUCUCUCCCUACAUUUCCAUGGUUACUGAAUAUCUGGAACGAUAGAGAGAGAAGGCUAAGUAUGAGAGUGAACUGAAGCGUCAUGAGACGAGAAGAGCUGCCCUCCAACAGAGACUGUCUGGUGACAUCACUGACCAAGACCGGAGACAACUGCUCGGAGAGCUGGAGGAGGUGGAGGGGGAGAUCAAGAAGUGUGUCUCAGAGAUACAACGUUGUGAGGGGAAUAUACAAUACUAUGAGAAUAGGAUUGCUGAGAUACGAGGAAGACCAGAGAGACGGAGAAAGGAAGAAUCGAAGCUAUCAGCAAAGCGGUUGUUUGAUGAGGCGAUGAAGCACGGACACGUCUCGGUCAACAUUGUCAACAUGCUUGUGUUUGGACCGGCGGGAACAGGGAAGACCAACCUCAAGCACCUGCUAACCGACAAGCCCCCUCCACCACAGCGUGAAAGCACUCCUUGUAUGGAAAAGCCAAUACGCAUUCGACCCGUGUCCAACACGAAAUUCAAGUCAACUGAAAGAGGCUGGGAAGAGAUGUCUCAGCCAAAGCUGCGCAAGCUACUUGCUGAAAUCAUCGCUAAGUUACCAAAAGAAAACGCCGAUCCAUCCACAGCAUCAAGGGUUGCCGAGAGCUUGAAGAAGAUGACCACAACCGAGCUAAUUUCUGGUUCCGAUGAGCAAAUUUUUGAUUCCAUUUCGAGCCCAUUGAGGAACGAUUCCGAUACACUUUCUGGAUCUGCAAGAAUGUUGAAGAAAGCCGUUGAUGAAGUGAUAGCGAGUGUAGUGAGUGGUGUGGCAGAAGAGCUGAAGCCACCCAUACAGGAAACUGACCAACUGUCGAGCAGUGACCAGCAAGAAGGAGAACUGUUUGAUUCCAACUGGGUGUAUGUUACCGACUGUGGCGGCCAGCCGCAAUUCCACGACAUCAGCCCUCUCUUCAUCAAGCACAUUUCGGUGGCGUUGAUAGUCCUGCGUUUGAUUGACAAACUCUCCAGUUUCCCUUCUGACGAGUACUACAAGGAUGGGCAGCUUGUUGGUAGUCCUCGUGCAUCUCACAUGACCCUUGGGGAGACACUUCAGAGUCUCAUUCGAUCCAUUGAGUCCCAUACCUCACAAGACAAGAAGCCGAAGAUGAUCUUUGUGGGCACAUUCUUUGAUCAGCUGAAGAGCUCGGAUACACUUAUCGAGAGGAAUCAAGAGAUUCUCGACAUGCUUCCACCCGAUAUCAAGAAGCUAUUGGUGUACGAAAAUCUUGGAUUGAACAAUCUGAUUUUUGGUCUCAACACAAUCAGCCGAGAAGAAGAUUCACUGACCACUGCCAAUAGGAUUAGAAUUGCUAUUGAGGACUCUAUUCCGCUACAAGUCGAAGUUCCUGUCUGGUGGUCCUUCUUGGAUUCACUUCUCCAGAGUUUAUCUGCCAGUCUUGAGCGAGGUGUACUAGGCAUUGAAGAAUGUCUCCAAUUAGCCACUCGAUUUGGUUAUUUGCUCAAAGAUCUUGAAGCUGCUCUGGUCUUCUUUGACAACGUGUGUAUAGCGCACUACUAUCCCUCCAUUCUCCCCAACACAGUGUUUGUGGAUGCCCAGAUUCCACUAGACAAGAUCACCGAGCUCUCACAGCACGCCAUUUUUCUGAGGAAUGCACACUCUACUAUUAGCCCAGGAGGGACAGGGGCCGAAUGGAAGAGAUUUCGAGACGAGGGCAUAAUCACUUUAAAGUUUCUACGAUUCUUUAAGAAGCAUUACGUUGAAGGCAUCUUUUCUCCAGAAGAUAUGCUGUUGAUCAUGAAAUAUCUUCUCGUGAUUGCUCCCAUUCCUCUAGUGGAAGCCACUUCCCACCAAGCCGAGUUCUUCAUGCCAUCUCUACUCACAUCGAUCCCACCUGCUGAGCUAGACAAAAUCCGUUCCUCCUUCACAAUAUCACCCCUCGCUAUCUACUUUCGUAGUGGGUGUAUUCGCUCUGGAGUCUUUUGCUGUCUAGUUGUUGACGUAAUCAAGAGGCUGGGCUGGAAAGUUUUACUUCCUUCAGGGAAACCAAUUUGCUUUGCUAAAAAUUGUAUCCAGCUAAAACUUCCCAAGCUCCCGUGUACCGUGACUCUGAUCGACUCCUUCUCGUAUCUUGAAGUAUAUAUCAAGGUCCUUUUUUCUCUUCGCAAAGAACUUUGCCCUGCGGUCCGUAACGAAAUUUUGAAAAGCAUUAGAUUGUCCUGUCAAGCGUUGCAUUACAACAACGACACACCCGAGACAGGAAUCUUUUGCCCAUGCAAGAAGAGCACCGGAAGCAUACGCAAAUUACACCUUGCCGAUGUGAGCGAACGAAAUGGCUGUAAGUUUUGGAUGUGCUCCCUUGAGGCUGAUGUGUGGGAAGAGCUCAGUGACGAACAUAGAAUCUGGCUGGACAAUAGCGAAGGUUCUGGUGAACCAUCCUCUGCUACGGGAGGUACUUGUACGAAGACUGAGAGAAAGAGUGAUCAGCAGCAAUACUCUGAUAAAUUGCAAUCAUCCUCUGUAAUGGAAGACAUGUGCAGGAAGACUGGAGUGACUGAUCAACAGCUCGAUCAAGAAAUCCCUGAGAGUGACAUCACUCGAUUUGCGGAGAAAUUUCCUCACCUACUGAGUGUGCAACCUAACAUUUUAGCUUUGACAAUUAACGAUCUGCAACAUGUUUACGAGAAACUACACACUGCACAUGCAAGUGCCAGCCCUCACUGGUUCAAUCUGGGAUUGGCUCUAGGUCUAACUUAUCCUGUUCUCACCAAUAUCGAUAGCAAGCAUCGUGGCGAUAAUGUGCUGUGCUUGCGUGAAAUGCUGGCUGAGCUCCUGAGUACGCAAAAUGUAACAUGGAGUCUCCUGUCAGACGCUCUCAAAAAGCCCUCAGUGAAGCUCAUCAAUUUGGCUGAUAGCAUCACAGUCACAACUCCUAACCUGCUGAAUCGACUCAACCUCACACCAGCCGACCUCGAUGAUGUAACUGAUGUCACAAGUCGCUAUGGCAAUCAAGCUGGAGUGGCUCAUGCAUUGAGAGCGUGGCGAAGAGUGAAUCCUACCAGAGCUACCUUCAGGGCCUUGGUAGAAAUUGCCAUAGGACUGAGAAGAGGAGACACUGCUACAGACAUUUGUAGAUUCAUUGUAGAGAAUACGAGUUGAACUGACCGAAACCGAUUUUUAUAUUAUUGAUGCUAUUUUGUCUGCAAUGCUUUGCUUUUCUGAACACAUUAUUUGUAGUCUCUGUGAGA